UUGCUGGGGUAUUUAAUAAGAAAAGUGCAACAUGUCGCGAUUCACUUCAUUAAAUUAGAGCAAAACUGCAUAUUUUUUCUUGUUUAUCAUUGUCUUAGUGCAUUUUUUGUUUAUCUAAUCAGUCAGUUCAUUUCCAGCAUCCAUUGUGUGAUUACGUAAAUCUUUGAAAAUUGUAUAUUAUUUUGACAGUAUUGUAUAUAUAAAUGGAUCGUUGAACAUAACCCUUUGAUUACGAGAUGUUCCAAAUCGAAAGUCAAGUACAAUUUGCUGUCGCAAGCAAAAUUGCGCUGUGAUAGUUUUUUUAAAGUAAACAAUUAGUAAUCAUUUACGUUCUCAGCAUUGACGUCAAGUAUGGGACUUUUAUUUUCUAAACUUUGGAGCCUCUUUGGAAAUGAAGAGCAUAAGAUUGUGAUGGUGGGAUUGGACAAUGCGGGAAAAACAACAAUUCUUUAUCAAUUUUUAAUGAAUGAAGUUGUACACACGUCUCCAACAAUUGGAUCAAAUGUUGAGGAGGUUGUGUGGAAAAAUAUUCAUUUUAUAAUGUGGGACUUGGGUGGACAACAAAGUUUACGAGCUGCAUGGUCGACAUAUUAUACAAAUACUGAAUUUAUUAUAAUGGUAAUUGACAGUACUGAUAGAGAAAGAUUGAAUGUAAUAAAAGAAGAAUUACAUUCAAUGUUAAAUCAUGAGGAACUAAGUAAAGCAAAAGUUCUAGUCUAUGCAAAUAAGCAGGAUUUAAAAGGUAGCAUGACAGCUGCUGAAAUUUCCAAGGAACUUGGUUUAACAUCUAUCAAAAGGCAUCCUUGGCAUAUACAAAGUUGUUGUGCCUUAACUGGCGAAGGAUUGUAUCAGGGAUUAGAGUGGAUUGCGGGAAAAUUGAAAAAAACAUGACGUACAAUAUGAAAACAAGAACUUUUGUGAAACAUUGAAAAGAGAGAAAAAAAAAGAUGUAAAAUAGUGAGUUACGAAGAUGGUGUCACUUUCAUGAUUGUACAAAUAAUUUGGUAACAUUUCACGAGAUAAGAUUAUUCUCAGUUGAAGUUUUAUCUUCAAUAUCAAUGUAAUUAAUUUCUUUAAGCUGGAAAAUAAUCAGCUGUGGAUGGGAAAUUCAUUUUUUUUUCUACCCUCCUUUCAUAACGUUCAUAAAAUUCAUAUUUUUUUUUUCUUAAAAUCAUUUGUUUUUUUUUUUUUGCUUAGUGUUUACAUAAUAAGUGUUUUUGUGUGUUUUGUAAAUUCCCAUCCACUUUCAACGUGAUUAGGAAAAUUAAAACAAAACGAUUGUAUUCGGUUGAUGUUACAAUCAAGUGAAUUGUUUGGCUUGUAGCGGGGAAACGAUAUAUUUUUUAUACUGCCCUCAAUAAUUCAAAAAAAAAGAAAAA